AUGAAGGAGGAGGGGAAGGGAGCGACAUGUACUUUGAACGUAAACGCACGUCACGUGGUGGAAGGCAUAUCUGCGCUACUCAAACCUGCUCUUGGUGUUGAGCACAUUUCACGGAGCGUUCUUUUGCAACAGCAACGCCUUCUUCGGGAAAUUGAGUCUCUAAAUGAUGAGUUGGAGAAUAACCGAACUCAUUUUGAAACCCUUAACGAGGCCCAGCGAGAGAAAUUAGAUAUCAUUAGUGCCAAGAUUGCUCGAUGUCGCUCAAGUGCAGCGCUUUUAUUUCGACGACUAUCAGAAACAAAGGAAAGGCUUUUACGGGUGCAUGACGUGAUCCUGCAGCGGAGACUGAAGAAGCCACUAGAAAAAGUGGCGCCGGAGGAGGAGCCGGUUACCACUCCCUCCGAACAGGGUAACGUUGCUGUGGUUCUUUUCGCUACGGAGGAAGUGGAGGCUUCCAGGCAACUCAACAGACACCCCGAGGACGUGGACAAUCAACAUGAAGAAGCAGUUCUUCCUGCCGAGGGGGAGGCACAUGAUGAGUAA